AAAACAAAGUUGGCUUACAACACAUCUCCUCCUUUUUUGUGUAUGACUUCCUUCUUCCUUCCAUUUUUAGCAGCUCCCUCACUUCACCUGCACACCCUCAGAACAACCAAAACAGAAGAAGAAGAAGCAGAAACAGAAGAAGAAGAAGAAGAAGAAGAAGAAGAAGAAGGAGGUGUUUAUCUGUGCAUCUUAGAGCUAUCAUAAUCAGAUUUUUGAAGUUUAUGCGACAAAGAUAUCAUCUUUCUUUGAUUUUGGGUUUCUGUUUUUAAAUGAUAUAAACGUUUUGAAAGCACAAGUGCUUCAAAAUUUAAGGCUCCAAUAGAAUCUGAGGAAUCCCAGGAACGGUUAACAGAGAACCCAUUUCAUAUCUGGUGUUGUAUACGUUGGGGUUUUGAGAAUUGAAUUAAUUUCGCGUCGAUUACGUGAAUGGUGUGAAAAUUUGUGAUUCUGGGUUGGAGCUUUUGUUGUUCAAAUUAAUGGAAAGUGGGUUUUUAAUGGCUUAAAAAGCUGAAAGGUACACGAUGAGCUGAGUGUUUAAGAAGAUGGAUACAAAGGAAGAUGCUGAAUUACUAGAGGAUCGAUCACAAGAAGUCCAACCACUAUCCCCAUAUGUGGUGUUAAAAAAUAUGUCAGAGGAGAUGGUUGGCGAGGAACCGCAGACUACUCGGCCAAUGCCACCGGUGCAUAGACGAUCUCAAAGUGAAGUUAUAAACCCGGGACACAUGCGUAGCAGUGGUUUUCAGAAGUUGAAAACUCAGAUGCAAAAGGCUUGGCGAUGGGGUAGCAAUUCCCGGGAACAAGAUUACAAUUUCAAUCCUGAGGUCUUGACGAACCAGAAACGUCAGUGGUAUCAACUUCAUUCCAAGACACUGGACCAUACAAAAUUCAAGGCACCUACCUCACUAUUUGAACACUUUGUUAUUGUGGGGCUUCAUCCUGAUGCCAAUCUUGAGGCUGUGGAAGAUGUAUUUGCAAGAAGAAAGAAAUGGGAGUUGGAGGUAGCAAAAUCUGACAUAAUAUCCUACAAAAGGCUGCAGUCUCGGGAGCCUACAUUUCCUUCAAUGGAACCCCAGAUACUUUUCAAAUAUCCUCCUGGGAAGAGAUUACAUAUGCGCAUGAAGGAUUUAAGUUCCUUCUGUUUUCCUGAAGGUGUUAAGACACGGUUAUUAGAGAGGACUCCAUCACUAAGUGAACUAAAUGAACUUAUUUAUGGACAGAUGCAUAUGGGCAGGGAUGAUCUAGCAUUCAUAUUUUCGCUUAAGGUUGCUGAUAAUGACACACUUUAUGGGGUUUGCUUACAUGUAACAGAAAUUGUCCAAAGGCCACCUGGUAUUUUAGGCACCAUGUCGCCCCUUCCACAGUUAUCUGGACGGGGUUGCCGCUUUUUGGUUUCUGCACCUCGCUGCUACUGUGUGCUAACUAGAGUUCCUUUCUUUGAAUUACACUACGAGAUGCUGAACAGUAUCAUUGCACAGGAGCGUUUGAGUAGGAUAACACAAUUUGUUAGUGAACUAUCAUUGAGUAGUGUCUCUAUAGCAUACAAACAACAUGAUCAAAUGAAUAUGAAUGUCGACUAUCCUGAUAAGGAGUGUGAUGUUGAUUGGAUGGCUUCUGCAAUACCUGUUGACAGUGCAGUGGCCCUUACUGCUGCCGCUGCUGGAAUUAUAUCAGAUGAUGAGAAUCGAACAUUGUCACCAAAGAUAUGGGAAUCUCAUUCUCCUGAAAGUGGUACUACUAGUGAGGCUUCAGAUUUGAGUAUAGCUAGGGAAAUAGAGAAGGAAGGUAAGAGGAAUUUUGAUGAUUGCACUUCCGAGUCAUCAGAAACUCGUUCUGAUGCUUUGGAAAGAAUUGAUGGGAGCUAUGGAAGUGGCCAAGCUUCUCCCGAAAUUGGAGCAUUUAAUUGCUCUAGAAACCGUGGUUUGGAGAGCCGAGGAAGUUUUGAUACUCUGUUCAGUCCAGUUAGAAGCAUGGGAUUAGAGGAUGAGGAUGAUGAACUUUUUGCAAGUUGUGAAAAAGACUUUGAUGAUGACUUCAUAAUGGAAUGGGCUAGGGAAAACAAAAAUGAUUUGCUGCAGAUAGUUUGUCGUUAUCAUUCCAUGCCCCUUCCCCAACAAGGAGGUGAAAUAGUUUUUCAGCCUCUUGAACACUUACAAGCUAUUGAGUAUAAGAGGCCUUCAGUUUCUGACCUUGGCUUUUCUGAAAAUUAUUUAGCUAUGGUGGAAGCUAAUGAGGUCAAUGCAAAGUUGGCUGCUGCUGAAGAAGCUUUGGCACUAUCAAUAUGGGCAACUGCAACUAUAUGUCGAGUUUUAUCGCUUGAAAAUGUUUUGACGCUAGUUACAGGAGUAUUACUGGAAAAACAAGUGGUGGUAGUGUGCCCAAACCUGGGUGUUCUAUCUGCUAUCGUGUUAUCUCUUGUUCCCAUGAUUCGUCCAUUUCAAUGGCAGAGUCUAUUUCUUCCAAUUCUGCCUGGAAGAAUGCUGGAUUUUCUUGAUGCUCCAGUUCCCUUUAUUGUUGGCAUACAACAAAAACCAGCAGACUUGAAGAUGAAAACAUCUAAUCUUGUCCAUGUCAAUGUGCUCAAGAAUCAGGUAAAAAUGUGUCACUUACCAGCGCUUCCACGGUAUAAAGAGCUAGUUUCUGAAGUUGCACCAUUUCAUGCAAAACUGUCAUUUCAAAGUUCGAUUGCUAAAAAGCAUCCUGUAUACAGAUGCAACGAAACUCAGGCUGAAGCUGCAACCCAAUUUUUGACGAUUAUGAGACGCUACUUGGAGUCCAUUUGUUCAGAUUUGAGGUCCCAUACAAUAACUAAUGUACAAUCAAACAAUGACAGGGUUUGUUUACUUCUUAAAGACAGUUUUAUAGACUCCUUUCCCAGUAAGGAUAGACCAUUUGUAAAGCUAUUUGUAGACACACAACUAUUUGCUGUGCUAUCAGACCAUCGGUUGUCGAGCUUUGAGCAUGAGAGCCCCCUGAGCCCCUAACUUAAUCCUUUUACAAGUUCAAUACAUGAGAUCAAAUUUGCAAAGCAAAUUAAGACAUUAAACAAUGCAGUGGAGGAAUAAUGGCUUCUGACUGUUACCGAAUUAUGUCAAUGUAUUCACUGAAGCCAUUAAAUGUGAAAUUGAGAUGCAGCUGCUGGAGGUUGCAUAAAGAAAAUUUGUGAUAUAGCAAUAUAGCAAUAAUUGCAGGUGCCUAACAAGCAACACCUAGGAUUACAUGCCUGUUGUAUUGCCCAUAAAUGAAAACACAAAUGGAAAUGACCAUGAUCCCCCAUUAUUUUAAGAGGCUUAUGGUCUUGGCCUUGUUGAAGGCUUUCUCAUUUCAAGCUCUUGUAAAUGUCAAUAGCAUAAGAGAACAUUUUCUGAGGGGACUUUUUAUUCCCUUGUUGUAUCUUUUAGAUUCACCCUGUACGAUUUUCAAAUGGAUAGAGAUUUUUGUGGCAGGAUUUUCUGUUCAACAUUCUUGGAUUAAAGUUGUUAUUAGAGUUUGAGGUACCUGUAUAAUUUAGGGUU